UUUCCGGGCAAACUGUUCUGACUUCCGUGUUGUUAACAGGGUUUAGCUAGUGUACGAUGAGGCCCGGUUAAGUAACGACAGAAUUUGGGGAACUUUGAAGAGCCAUAGGGAUUAUCGUUGAUCCAGCAUCCUUAAGACUUUCUGACCCGCGGGCAGAUCACACCCACAAGUCACAUCUGAUGGGCCAGCAGUUAACAGUUGUUAGCAGUUGUUAACGUCCUUUGUGUCUGUACGUGGAACGUCAGCCAGCAAUGGCCACUCAUUUCCGUAGCUACAUCUGGGACCCGGUCCUCAUCGUGUGCCAGAUCGUGCUGAUGCAGUGCAUCUACUACAGCUUUUUGGGCCUGUGGUUGGCUGGAGUGGACAGCCUUGUGCAGAGUAGUCGGUCAUUGGACCAGAUCUUCAGCUAUCAAGCUCUCGGUUUUGCAACCGUGCAAGGCAGGCUCUCAAUGAUGGCAUUCAUCUUGAAUUCUCUUACCUGCGCCCUCGGUCUGUGGUUCUUCAUCCGCCGAGGGAAACAGUGCCUGGACUUCACGGUCACCGUGCACUUCUUCCACAUGAUCGGCUGCUGGAUAUAUAACGCUCAUCUUCCAGCUGCCUUGUCCUGGUGGCUCGUCAACAUAGCCUGCAUGGCGUUGAUGGCUGUAAUUGGAGAGUACCUGUGCAUGCGGACUGAGCUCAGGGCAAUUCCAGUCAACACUGGACCGAAAUCUAAUCUGUGAAUUUUCUUUGGUGACGGGCUGAAAGAUUGUGAAGGGUAAUCCUUGAGGGACUCACUGAGGAGGGUUUUUUUCCACCCUCCACUCUUGGAAAAGAAAAAGAACAUGAACCUCUGUCAGCACGCAUGUCGGAUUUUUGUGCUUUGUCUGUUUCCAUCAAGUGGUUCACCCUCCCGGACCUGAUCUAUUUAUUCAUAGCUGCACAUUAAAUAUUGGACAGUGCAAAUUUGUAGCAUAUUAAGACACCUGUUUUAAGUCUUUUGAAAGCACAUGCCAGUUUACAUCCUCCUCUAAACUAAAUGACUACAAAUGUUUUUUAAGUAAGUUUUUAUGUUGAAAUUCAUUAUUUUCAUUCCUUAAUUUUAAGACAUUUUUUUCUGAUUGUUGUUAAAUUUAGCAGACAUACACAUACGCAAAUUAAAAAGCUCUGUCCUAACAGCACUUUAAAGAUGACAUCAAAGUUUUAGUUACUGCUUCUUAAAGCUGCUUUUAAACGUUAAAUAUGGGGAGAAAUGUGUUUUUAGACAACAAAAAGGUACAGUGCUUAGCAGAUUUAUUAGAUCAUCUGUCACAAAGACAAAUAUUUUAGAAAUCUGUCAAAAAACUUCACCUACAAA